AGAAGAAGGAAAUGAUUGAAAUAUUUAUACGAAUGGCAGUGAUCGGUUUUAUAUCGAGAGGUUCAUGGAUCCCUCUAUAAAUACGUACCUGUUAGAGCCACUUACGCGGGUAGUAAUAACUCUACGUUGUCGUUUCGAACUUAGUUACUCGGCGAACACCGUCCGGGUAGGUUGUAUAUUUUCUAGUAGAAUUGUCGAGAUAUGUGUUUAUCAGUCGCUACUAGCCUGAAAGUGACAAGACUGCAGAAAACCUAACUAUAAGAAGGAAACCACAGAACGUAUUCAAACAGUGUUUCGAAACAGUAUGUUUGUAUUUUGGAUUUAAAGUGGCGCGCGCGCGGCUAAAUCAUUUCUAAGGGUUGGUAAGACUGUUCGGAAAAUUCGGAAAGUGAACAGGUGUUUUUUGAAUGGAUUAGGGAGAAUAGGUGACGAGGACGCAAAAGGAUUUGCGAAUGUUGAAGAAUCAAGGAACAGUGUGACAUUUGUGAAUAACCGAUCAUUUUAAAAAAUGCACUGGGAUUUAUGUUUCCAUUGAACAUAUUACGAAAAAUGAGGUGAGCCCCCAAAACGUAACCUGUUUUUGUUCGGUGUAAUCUUUGCAUCAAGAAGGUAAAGAGGCAGUGGCAAUUAUGACAUGCAUAGAUGACAAGGAUAGUCUGCAAGCAACCUAACAACUCUGUUGUAUAGUCGAGAGAAUCGAAGCGAAGAUUAAAUAUGCCACACCAGUUUGGUUUGCCGACGAUGGCACAUGGAAUGCAAUCUCCUCCUUCACCGACUUCGGUCAUGUCGGUUUACCCCCGAUUUGGAUCCGGUGUCUAUAGACCGGAUCAUCAAGAUCAAAGGUUGACACGCGAAGCAAUGGAACGUUAUUUGCGCGAUAGAAGCGACAUGGUUAUCGUAAUUCUUCAUGCAAAGGUUGCGCAAAAGUCGUACGGCAACGAAAAAAGAUUCUUCUGUCCUCCACCGUGUAUUUAUUUGUUCGGUGAUGGGUGGAGAAUGCGGCAAGAGCAGAUGCUUCGCGAAGGAGAGAGCGAGCAGUCUGCUCAGCUUUGCGCAUUUAUCGGGAUCGGGAAUUCCGAUCAAGACAUGCAACAACUAGAUUUGAACAAUGGUAAACAGUAUUGCGCGGCAAAGACACUUUAUAUUUCGGAUUCGGAUAAGAGGAAGCACUUUAUGCUCUCGGUGAAAAUGUUUUACGGUAGCGGACACGAUAUCGGUGUGUUUCAUAGUAAAAGAAUCAAAGUGAUCUCGAAGCCGUCGAAGAAGAAACAAUCGUUGAAAAACGCCGACUUGUGUAUAGCGAGCGGAACAAAAGUUGCGCUGUUUAAUCGGUUACGAUCUCAAACGGUUAGCACGCGUUAUCUUCACGUGGAAAACGGAAAUUUUCAUGCCAGUUCGACGCAGUGGGGUGCGUUCACCAUACACCUGUUGGACGAUAAUGAGAGCGAAUCGGAAGAGUUUCAGGUUCGAGACGGCUACGUACAUUACGGCAGUACAGUGAAAUUGGUAUGUUCGGUAACAGGAAUGGCUCUUCCACGUUUAGUAAUUCGGAAAGUGGACAAGCAAAUGGCCAGUCUAGAGGCGGACGAUCCAGUUUCGCAACUGCAUAAAUGCGCUUUCUAUAUGAAAGACACGGACCACAUGUACCUCUGUUUAUCUCAAGAACGUAUUAUCCAAUUUCAAGCUACUCCUUGUCCAAAGGAGGCAAAUAAAGAAAUGAUAAACGACGGUGCCUGUUGGACGAUAAUCAGCACCGAUAAGGCAGAGUAUCAAUUCUUCGAAGGCAUGGGCCCGGUUAGAUCGCCGGUAACACCGGUACCGUUGGUCCAUAGCUUGCAUUUGAACGGUGGCGGGGACGUGGCAAUGCUCGAAUUGACGGGAGAUAAUUUUACGCCUAAUCUUCAGGUAUGGUUCGGCGACGUGGAAGCGGAAACUAUGUAUAGAUGUCAGGAAAGUAUGCUUUGCGUGGUACCAGAUAUAUCACAAUUUAGGGGUGAAUGGCUGUGGGUGCGUCAACCGACUCAGGUGCCUGUCUCGUUGGUUCGCAACGAUGGUAUCAUUUACGCGACCGGUCUGACGUUUACCUACACUCCAGAACCUGGUCCUCGGCCUCACUGUCCGCCAGCGGACGAAAUUAUGAGAGCACCACGCGGCAUGCACAAUCAACCGAACAUGCCACCGGCGAUCGCGGACGUACCUUGGAACACCCAUCAACCCCCUCAAUCGGGUCUCUGAUGUUUCCUAGACAAUUACAGUGCGCAUCACCAAAGUUUACGAGUCAGUGAGACGAACGCUGUUGUUUCCGUUCAUUCUUCGAACGAUAUUCCAGUUGUUUCUAUCGAUAACAACGAGCCAAUCGGCGACGAUGUUAACUCAGUGACUACCUACGCAGCGAAAGACCUAUUGCUCCGAGUCGACAGUGCGGCAACAAGUUUAGACAAUACAAAAAGCAGCACGUAGCAACCAUUUCGUUGCAUUGCGUUGCGUUGUGUCGCAUUACGUUGCGUUUUAUUGCGUUACGACGCUACGUUGAAUAUGUACAGUGUACGGUACCGAGAAUCGUUUCCCUAUGUUCAUAAAUACGUAGGUACCUAGCUUUAAGUGUUGAUACAGAAUUACACACAGGGAUUAGAAUUUAUAGCGACCAUAGAAUUAAGAGCUUUUUACGAAUGUGAAUAUAUUUAGCUAUUACUUGGUAAAAGGAAUAUGAUGGGGAGGGGAGAACAAACUCGAAAAUUUGUUCGCUCAUUAAACGACGAAACAAACGACACGCUAUUAAAUCUCUCCGUUGUAUUAGAUUAGCCAUCGAGACUUAACGGCGUAGACCGUACAAUUGCAUAUCGAUCACUGGAAGUGGUUGUACAUUUCUCAUCGAUUACUGCAGAUUCGUUCUUCGAAUGAUCAGAUAUUGUUAUCGAAGGAAUCUAAUAUAUUUGGUUUAAAAUUGACCGAAUUUCUAUCGCAAUUAUCGCAAUACACAUUCUAUGUAAAAACGUAGUUUUCAGAAUGCUCUUGCUGAUACUUUUUACAUUUAUAAAAAUGUAGCAUCAAAUAAUUUUUAAAGGCAUUCAUUUUUAUUUAUCGAGAAAUACGAAUGACUUGCGAAUAUCGGCCAAGAUACCAGCUACGUAUGCGAUGCAUAUAUUCGAACGACUAAUUCAUCUUUUACAAACCAAUUGAAAAUUUCUAUCCAUCCAGUUUCUUUCUUUUAUAUCAUGAAUAUUUCAAAUGUAUUUGAUUUACUGUUUUACAUAGUAUAUGCAUUAAUGCGAAAUUGAACAUUAUAAUCGUAUUUUUCUCGUGAUACGUAAUGUACGUAACGUACAUUUCAGAUGGACUACACGUUAAUUUUGUGAAACUUGAUGCGCAACUUAGAAAUUAUCCUAGAUUUAAUCCAAUUGGAGAAAAUCGUUAGUAUCUUGCCGAAAUUGCAAUUUGCUAUUUCGAUUGAUUUCGUGCGCUAACCGACUAUCGCUGUUUUAUUUUACCGACGAUUAUUUAUUUUCAUAAUUGUUAUAUAAUUUCGUCAAUGAAACCUUUGAUUGCUUUUUUAACGUAGACGUAAAAUAUUGUGCACGCUCCCUAUUAAUCUCACUGAUUAUCGAUAUCUCGAUUUUUCUAACGGAAUUCUUGAUAUCAUCCACAGAGAAGACAAUAUGCUUAUUCGCGCGAAAAUACGAUAUGUAACGGUGCAUUUUAAAUGGAUGACGCAAAAGAAAAAUCUAAAUAUAUACGUUUUUAUGUCUCUCUAUGUUUUACAAUAAAUUGGUCAGAUUU